AUGUCGCUACGAUGGAAGCCGCGACACUGUCUCUUGUUCAUUCUUUUUGCUCUAGUAUUCCUCCUGUAUGUAAAGAUUUUCAGACGCUCCGAAAAACAGGGUGAGCACUCUAUAUCUCGCUUGUAUUAUUUCAAACUUUCGGUAAACGUAAUUCUUUAGCAUCAUCCGAACCUUCAAGGGAAAAGACCUUGAUAACGAAGCCGUAUCGAGGCGGCUACUGUGCGGUACUUAAUUAUUGGGAGCCAGAGGACAAGUGGAGGGACUCUAUCACUUAUGUCGUCCAUUCCACCAUGCCUUUCGUCGAUUACUUGGGCCAAUUGGCCUAUUGGUGGGAUGGACCAAUUUCUGUGGCCAUUUAUGUACCCACCCCUGACUUUAAUGCGGGCAGUCGGAGCUAUUACAAUCGCGAAUUUAUGGUAAGAAAUCAUCAAAUCGGCAGUUUCAGAGCUUGCUAUAGCAUCCUCACUCCCCAUACAAUAAUUAUUAAGACAUUUUCAGGAUGCCUUGAGCAAAUUAGAGAGCUUAUCGUCGGUCAAAAAGACGGGCAAAGUUGGGAUCCAUCUACUGUUUGAUCGACCUCUGAACUGCCGAAAUUUCACAUUCUCCAUCGAUGAUUUGAAGACCGACAUGAGGUAUCUUGAUGGCCUGUAUCGCGGAGAAGCCCAUAUUGCAAAUUAUCCAUGCCAAGCGUUGCGGAAUAUCGCAAGAUUUGAGAUGAAAACACGGCUAUUUGUCAUGUCCGACAUCGAGAAUAUACCCUCCGAAAAUUAUGUGAAACGGGUGCUACCAUUGGCCAACGAAAUGAUUACUGCGUAAGCCAAAAAAAAGUUGAUAGCCUUUGUAUAUAUUUGAUAUACGUAUAGGAAAACUUUGCUUUAGCGGUGAGGAUAAGGUGGUAUUAGUUCAUCGCCGAUUCGAAGUCGAUGUUAAGCAACGGAUUCCGACAAAUAAAACUGAUUUAAAGGUAGGAAAAAGUGGUGGACAGAGAAAUUAUUAUUGUCUUGUUUAGAAGCUGUAUGAUCAGAAUUUGGCCGUGGAAUUUCAUAAAGAGUUCUAUGCCGCAGGUCACAGUAUCCCUCAUUUAGAGAGAUGGUUUGAGAUCCCCGAAGAUAUGAGUGCCGCCUCCGUUUUUGAGGUAGGUCUUACAAUUGUCAGCAUCGUAAUAAAGUGUUCCCUUCUUCGUUGUGAUAGCCUUUUACUCUGAAUCGCUGACUUAUUCAUACAAAAUUUAAAUUUCAAAAAAGCCUUGUCUUUUCAGUUCGUCAACUACACGAAUGGAGAAUGGGAGCCUCAAUUUGUCGGCGACACAACGCAAGUCCCCUUCUACGACGAAAGUUUUCCGUAUCCGCAUCGUGGCCAAACCCAAAUGGCCUACGAAGCAUGUCGCGCUGGCUUCAAAUUCGCCGUCCUCAACGAUGUUUUCACCGUGCAUCCAGGAAUAAAACGAAAUGCUUCAAGGGCCGAACAAGAGGGAGUUCAAAGAGCAGAGAGCUUCUAUUACAAUGUAAGUCAAUCGUUGGAGGCGGCGAGUAUCCUUUUCGGUUGAGCCUGAACUCUCCCCCUUUUCUGAACUCUCCCCAAAAAAGGCGCAACUCCCCCCCCUUUUUGAACACUUCCCCAUUUUGAAAAUGUAAAAAAUGAGGUGUGACAUGUCAUACGAUGAAAUGUUUUUUCAAAUUGAGAAAAAAAAAAUUGGAUGUCACAUGUCACACGAUGACGAUAAGAUGUCACACCUAAUUUUUUUCUAUUUGAAAAAAAUUUCAUCGUAUGAUGAAAAUGCCGCAACGAUCUUUUUCAGAUUGUAAACAGUUUCCGUCAACGAAUGGAUACUCUAUAUCCGAAGACAAAGUACAAGUGCGGGUUCUUCAAAAAUUAA